AUGCCCGAAGAGUUGGUCUCUUAUACAGCCAUGCAGAGUGCUGACCUCCAGAAUGCUACAUUGCCGAAGGCUGCCGAUGAGCUAUGGCAACCGAGUCCACCACUUCGUCGACAGAUCAGAGACUAUAUUCAGGCCAACCAGACACCUGAUGGGGAGGUCAAUGCGACGUUCUGUGUGACUUGGGAGUUUGGUCACUCCCAACCUGGCAGUGUACGGUCCUCGGGCUAUCAUUGCGUGCAGUCAGUGGAGCCGGCACAGCAGCUUCUGGAUGCGAUGGCCUUGGUGAACGGUAGCCAGCUACAUAUAGAUGGGCUCUUACCUAGGGCGCUUUAUCUGAAUGGCCCAUGGGCAAGCCCUCCAGGGUCAUUCCGCCAGUUCACCAACGUAUCGUUGAAGGUUGAAGAGGAGGACUCUCAGAUAUGGUGGUCUCUGGCUGAGAACCCCACAUUGGCGGUGGUCAGUGAGAGGGCGGUGCCGCCCAGUGCUGGAGGAGGUGCAUCGGCAUCGUCGACUCUCAGCGUCAUCAGCCUCUAUGUGGGCGUGGUGCUCACUAUAGGACGCUUCUUCAGGCUGGUCAUCCAAGACAGCAGUAAACGUAUCAUGUUUGAGGAGCUCCCAUCGGUAACGUAUCUCCUCCAGCUCUGUCAAGGAGUCCAGAUCGCUCGUAUGCGCCACUCACUAGAGGCUGAACGUGUGCUCUACUACGAAGUUGUCACACUCUACCGUUCGCCAGCUAAGUUGCUGUCGGUCACUGGAAGCACGAGUCAUAUGCCUGAUGUUCUUGUGAGCAAGCGAGCCGCGGCUCAUGCAGCGUUGAGACGGCGAGGUGAACCACAUGGCUCUGGAACCUCGGCUGCUGGUGCUCCUCUACCCCCUGCUGAGGUCUGA